CCGACAACCCCUUCCCUAACGCCGGCACCGCCCGAUAUCCCCUCCCCUAACACCAGCACCGCCCUAAACCCCCUCCCCUAACACCGACAACCCCCAAACCUCCUCCCUUAACACCGACAUUCCCCUAAACAUCCUCCACUAACACCGAAAACCCCCGAAACCUCCUCCCAUAAUGCCGGCAGCCCCCGAAACUUGCUCCCCUGUAACCGAUAUUCCCAGAAACCUCCUCCCCUAACACCCGCAAAUCUGGGUUUAAUUCUAGCUUUGCGGGGGGGCUACGGUGGUGGUUGGGUUGGUGGGUCGAUGGGGUUUGUUGGGAAAUAGGGGUUCCGGCGGCUGGCUUGGCUUGGCUUGGGCGGUGCUGGUGUUAGGGGAGGAGGUUUCUGGGGCUGGCUGGGUUAGGGGGUUAGUUUUUUUUUUUUUUUUUUUUUUUAUUUUUUUUUAUUUUUUAUAAACCAAUAAACAACUAACACGUGUACAUGGCGGGCCUCACUAACGGUUUUCAUUCAAAAGUCCGUUAGUGGGUGGUGAAACCAAAAUUUUGGGAUUUUUGGUGGUGUUAUAAUAAAACUCUUUUUUUGACAGGUGUUAUUUUCUAAUUUGACCUAAUUUUAUAACAAAAAUAAAAUCUCGUGAAAUUACCUUGCAUAGUACGGGACCUAACCUCCUUAGAGAUAUAAACUUGUACUCCGUAUUUUCCAAUUUACCCAUCAAUCCAGCAUGGUUUUCAGCUUACUCCGAAUCACUUUCACAGUUUCACGGCUUCAUUAGUUCAAACUUCAAAGUUUCAAACACACACAUCUUUCCCGCACAAAACCGUAUUCCUUAACGAUUUCAGUUCAUCUCAUAUCACUUGAACUCAAAACAUCAAAAACCCUAAAACCCAAAAUAUCCCCAAAUUAAUUCCUUCUUAAACCCUAACAUCACUUAAAUUCUUAAUUUCUGGAUGAUCUAAGCAGAAGAAAGCAACAAUGGCGUCGAAGGAGCCUGAUGAGAAAUGCAGUAACACUAAAACAGGAGAAGAAACGAUUGCAUUAGAGAAGAGGCGUUCGAGAUCGAGGAGAGUGAGCUUUGCUGAAACCACUGCAAUUCACUUGUUUAUUAGGGAUGAAGAGUGCGAUACACCUCCGGAUGUUGAGGGUUCCAACAAUGGAUUGUUGCACAGGAGUGAGAGUGAAGAGAUUAGGGCGCUGCUUGCCGAUGAUGAUGAUUUUGAUAAUGGUGGUGGUGAUGAUGACGGGGUUGCGGUGGAGACCUCUUUUUUACGGCCUUUUGAGUCGCCGUCCCCGGGUAGCUGCUUUGGGUCCGCUACUUCCAAUGAUGAAGAUAAUUUCUUCGGACCUGUAUCAGCUGAUUUUAUUAAACCUGGAAGAUUAUCAGAUUCUGCAGCCUCUGAUGAAAACCAUGAUCUUACUAUGGAUUCUACAGCCUUUUCUAUGCACUUCCGCAGUUUGGCAAGAUCAGAUUCUGGAGGAGAGUUUAAAACACCUACUGCAGUCCGUCUGCCAUUCGGUGAGAGAACUUCUGGCCAAAUGUCCAGCACCACAAGUGGUGGGGAUUUGAUGGUACUGUCCGAUUCCCAAAAGCGAGUCUCUGAUUCUCAGCUUGCUGAUAAAGUUAAUGGUAGUGGCAAUUCAGAUGACAUGAGCAUCGUGGAAGAAUACCAACGCAUCUAUGAUUACGGGAAGCUACCUCAAGAAUUGGAUGUAUUAUUGACCGAAGAUGGUAAGGAUAUGGGGGCUGUCCCUCUCACCAGUCAAGUUGAAUGUUCAAACUCUAAUAAAUCCGUUACAGCGGAUGCUAGAUCUGGUUUACACCAAGAUGGACGUGGUAAGGAUGUGGGGACUGUCCCUCUUACCAGUCAAGUUGAAUGUUCAAACUCUAAAAAAUCCUGUACAGCAGAUGCUAAAUCUGGUUCACACCAAAAUGGAUGUGAAGUUCUGGAUCUAGACAAUAAUGAAAAAGUUGCCCACCAUAUUUCUGAUGGGGAAAAGGCAUCUGAUGGUGCAAACUCUGCAGUUCUUGUAAAUAUUGAUAAUGGAAAUGAUGGUAUUCUUCAUGGUAUCCUUGCUGAGACAUCUCAUAAUACCUCAAUCAACAUGGAUGAUGACUUGUUUCCUGCACACUUUUCUGAUGAUCAGAGUAAAACUCCAUUUCUUCUGACAAAUGUCAUGCCAAUUGACAAAGAUGACGAAGCAAGGAAAGGUGCAGUGGAAGCUAAUGGGAACCUAUCCCCUCCAACACGUUCACGAUCUAUUUUGAAUCAUGAGCAGUCAAUUGCUGGCUCUGUUUCUUCAUUGCUUGCUAAACGUAGACAGAUAUUUAGGGUGUCACCAAAUGAUAAAUCAAAUUUCAUUCUGUCUGAAAAGAAUAUACGUGACAAAGGAAGUAAACAUGUCUUGAGCGCAUCCUCUUUUGAGAAAGGUGCAUCUAGGCUCCAAAGGCUUGAAGCUUUUCCAUUUUUUUCUGCUUCAAAGGCCGAGGGUAAUCCUUCUAGACUGCCAUCAGAAUCUGUACACAGUUCCUUAACCCGAAACAAAGUUUUGAAAUGUGGAAGCAAUGAUGUUUUGGUAGCUGUUCCUGUUGCUUGCUUGGACAAACGAUUUUCAAUUGUUGCUGAGGAUUCUGGAGACUUGCAGAGUAUGUGCAAUACGGGGAUGUAUAAUGUGAGGACCACAUUAAGAAAUGCUGAGUGUGCAAGUUACACAGAAGCUAAAGAUGCAGAAUUGUCAUCUUUGCAUGCAGCUUCAUGUACUCAUGAUAAAUCAACAAAGUCUACUAGUUUUAGUGUUUCUCCUCUGGCACUUUCAAAAGAAAAAAGUGUAGAGCCUUUUGUGUCGACAUACAGUUGUACCAAUGAAACUGUAGUAUCUACCAGAAGUGAUUUCUCUAUGCCAGAGAUCACAUUCAAUGAUUUGAAAAGUCACGAGGAAACUGGGAUGCCUAAUCAUUUUGUAUUUUCUCCUGUGACCAGUGUGGAAAGGAAGGUGUCAGCCUCUCCACUAUAUCAAGGAUGUCUUUCUAAAAAUCUGAACCAGCAGGCUGAGUUAAGCUUAAGCCUAGACCAAAACAUAUUGCUGGAGGCAGAUGACUUAGUUUCAAGAUCUGAAAAUCAUAAUUCCUUACUUGCUGAAAGAAAGAAAGAGGCUAAGAGAUCUUCUUCUAAAAUCAAACAUUUCGAAAUUGCUUCCCAGGAGAUGCAAAAUGAUGAAUCCAUGUGCUCUAAUAAGGCCUCUGAAUCAAAAAAACUAGUUAUCAGAAGUGCCAAUCUUGACACUGAAACCAUUUCUGCAAGGGCACUCCCAGAGGAAACCAUGAAAUCUGUAAUUGGUUCUGCUCCAUCUUCGGAUAAUAAUCUAAUUGAGUUGCCCAUUCAGGUGUAUGAAAAUCUUAAAGAAGAGCAAUCUUGUAGCUUGUUUCAGAAGAAGCCAUGGUUAGUAGAUAAUGCAAUUGUUGGAGUCACAGUCUUGACUCCUAGAUCCUAUCAGCGUGCCAGUGAACAUGAUGAAAAUGACCAACCCUUGCAGAAAUCAUCUGAUAUAUUUGGCAGUGAUAACUCUUCAACUUUAAAGAGAAAAUUAUUUGAUGAAGCUGAAAAUGACAAUGAUGAAAUCACUUCAUUACAGCGUAAACCAAAAUUGUGUAAAGAUCAGAAGCACAAUGAGGAAGAUAGCAAGGAAUUUCAAAGCAUAGGAGGUGAUAUAACAGCAAGAGAUUGGGUUGAUGUUUUGAACAGCUUUCGUGGAAUGACCAAACUGAUGCCUUCAAUGAUUGACAAGUUGGAUUUGGCUCAGAUCAGUAUUCUGAAUGAUAUUUUGGUCCAUCUAGAGAAGAUGAGAAGUUAUGAGCUGCUUCAUCGGGACAUAUGCUCUCAGAAAGCAUUCGACUCUGCAAGCUUUCUUCAAAUCAAAAGAUUGGUGGACACAAAGUUGCUUCUUUACAAAUCGUUAUAUCAAAAAGCAAAACUACAGCUGAUGCAUCUUGAGCAGAAAAGAUUAUCGGACCGAGUUUGUCAAUUGAAUUCUAGAGUUGAAGAAACAAAAAUGCUGAUAUCUAGUUGUCAAGAUUCUUGCAUAAGUGUUCGAAGGGAUGUUGAACCAGUAUCUUGUCCUAUUGAUCUUAGCAAAAAGAGUUUGGUUGCUGCUGAAAUUCCUUUACUGAGGAAGGACCUAGAAGUGUCAGAAAGAAAAAUAAGGAACUUAAAUAAAUCCUACCACGCUUAUAUUAAGGCGGUGAAGGAUCAAACCUGCAUUGAAACAACAGUGCAUGUUAAAAAUAUUCUCAACAAGAGGGUUGAAUGUAAAUCACUGCAGUCAGAAUUUCAGCUAUGUCAAGUUGGCAACGUAAAGGCUAUGGAUAAAAUGCCAAAUAUUCUGUUCGAUUAUGGUGGCAUAAUGUCCCAGAGGUUCAUUGUGAAGUCGAUCUCUACCUACGGCUUAUUUAUAUCAAAUGUAUUGAACAAUGUGAAGAUCUCUAAGAUGUUCCAUGGCAUGGAUGCCUCCACUGCUUUUUCGUUUGUUUUAUGUUGCGAAUCUAACCUUGCAUACUCCGGAACAAAGACUAUCGCGCAAGAAACACAGAAAAGCUCUUCACUUUUGCAUAAUCUGCUUGAUGUUGUUGAAGAAGUUGAGUUAGCCAUGGUUGAGCUUAGAAAUCUCACCAAUACUAGAUUUUCACAGCCAUCAGAUGGAAAACUUGAUUUGCAAUUGUGCUUCACGGAUUUCAACAAUGGUGCUAGAGUGGCUUUGAGCAUUGAUAUCACUUGUUUGAAUAGAGGAAUUUAUCCAGCACAAGUUGUGCCAUAUGAGGUACAAGGAAAGGCUGCUAGAAGACACAGGUCUUUUCAGUUACUAUUAGACAACAUAAGUAGUGCUGUUCGCGGUGUUAGAUGUGGGCAUAUGAGGAUAAUAAGUCUUUGUCGCUGUGUUUCUAGGACGAUUCAAGCUAAUUGUAUGAGCUAGGCAGAUACCUGCCAAUAGAAUCCUCAUGUUGUCUUGAAUUGGAUGUAGGUGGUGUAUUUUGUAUGCCUAAAAUGUAAGCAUUCAGUCGCUUGAAUGUGCUCACCUCAUGAGGAAGAUUGAUGUUGCAUAAACAAGCUUUAGUUAUUGCAGCAAAGAAAAACUAUUAUUGUACUCCGAUUUUGUACAAGUGUAUAUAUGGAGCUGUUUUAGGUCU